AAAUCAUUCUUGUCGUUGUCGGACCACCACUUUYUGAAUYUGAAACAACAACCCACAUAGGCAACAUAACAAAAUGAAGUUCUCGGUUGCUGGAAUCGCGCUCCUGGGAAGCGUCGGUUCGGCCGGUGCCUUCGGGCUAGCCUCUUCCGCCAGAGAAACCUCCACCGCGUUACGAAUGACUGCBACGCAGACAGAGGCCCCAGUSGAGAUCGGCGCCAGCGAGGAAGACGAACCGGAGCCGCAGCUCGGAGACGGAAGCACGCUGACCGAGCGCAUGUUCAACAAGAUCCCCACUGAAAACCAGGCCGGUGGCGCGGGCGGAGCGAGCACGCUGGAGGCUUUCAAGAGGGCCGAACAGAACUGGGAGCGCCUCAAGCAGUUCGAGGGAUUCGACUACGACACGAAGCAGCUGCGCUGGAYCCAGGACAACCACGGGCCGCCCCCGCAGUUUGUUUCGACCGACGGGGCCUUUGGAAAUCCCAAGUGCUGGCAGCGGUUGAGGGAUUCCGCAGGAUUCCGAGAGCUCGAUUACGACGUCGUUGUUUGUGGCGGAACGCUCGGUAUCUUCUAUGCCAUGUACCUGCAGCUCCAGGGGCAUAGGGUUUGCGUCAUCGAGGCGGGAAAACUCCGCGGCAGAGAACAGGAGUGGAACAUCUCGAUGGACGAGCUCGACGAGCUCAUGCGCCUCAACGUCAUCACGCAAGAAGAUGUCGACGCCGUCAUUACCACGGAAUUUCCCGCUUGCCGCUCCGGCUUUAAAAACACGGAGGUCACUCCACUGGAAGGCGGMUACUUCGAGAAUGGUGAAACCGGGUACGAGUGCCUGACCCCCGACGUCCUGAACCUCGGGGUCACGCCGUCCCUGCUCCUCAAACGGGUAUCCGACCGCUUCCGAUACAUCGGUGGUGUCAUCAAGGAAGAGACCCGCCUCUCCGGAGUAUGCGUCAGCGAGCUGGUCGGGUCGGCAAUCGACCUCGGGGAAGAAGCCGAACCCAUCACUACCCGCCUCGUGCUGGACUGCAUGGGGAACGCCUCGCCGAUCAGUGCCCAGCAGCGGUACGGCCAAAAAGCCGACGGAAUCUGCUGCGUUGUUGGAUCGUGCGCCGGUGGAUACGACAAGGAGACGAACUUGUAUGGCGACAUUAUCUACACGAACCAACCGAUAAAGACCCGAAAGGACCGGGGGUCGAACCAGUAUUUCUGGGAAGCCUUCCCCGUAGGAAUCGGCAGGGGAAAUGAGCCGGGCACGAGCGAUGUCAAGACCACAUAUAGUGAGUACAGUGAAUAUAACAGAUUCUUGUGCCUGUGUGAAUGGUACAACUUGUUGCUCGAAAAUUUAUCACGUUCUGCAGCAUUCCGGAGAUGUGRUCUCAUCCAAUAAUUUUCCUUUCCCCUCCUUUGUUUCUGUACUCAGUGUUUACGUACAUGGAUGCAGACGAAAACAGGCCCUCGCUUCUUCAGUUGUUUGAAGAUUAUUGGAAACUUCUACCGGUAUACCAGAACUCGAUCGAAAAUCCGGAAACCGACCUGGACAUCAAGCGCAUCUUGUUUGCUUAUUUCCCAACGUAUCGAGACUCCCCCCUCAAACCAGAAUUUAGUCGGGUGUUGGCAGUAGGCGACGCAUCCGGAAUCCAGUCCCCGCUCUCGUUCGGAGGGUUUGGCGCGCUGACGAGGCACUUGGAUCGAAUCGGCGGUGCGAUUUCCGAGGGGCUCGAGAACGAUUGCCUACACAAGGACGAUCUGGGACUCAUCAACGAUUACCAACCCAACCUCAGCGCCGCAUGGAUGUUCCAAAAGGCGAUGAGCGUGAAGAUGGGCCAAACAGUUGACCCGAAAUUUGUGAACCGCCUACUCGCUACGAACUUUGAGGUGAUGGACAAYAUGGGAGAGAAGACAAUGAGACCCUUCCUGCAGGACGUCGUCCGGUUCGACGGCCUCGUGGGCAGCCUGGCCGGAAGCUUCCUGGCGGAUCCGACCUUUAUGCCACAAAUCGUUGCCACCGUGGGGCUCCCAGAACUGAUCAAGUGGCUCGGCCACGUCGGAAACAUGGGCAAGUAUACCGUGCUGGAUGUCGCCGCGGCCCCCAUCGUGAGCUCGGUGGUAGAUAACUUUGUAAAGAACCCUCGACAGAAAUUCAAGUGGAGGAGACGCAUGGAGUCCUGGAAGUACGGCUCGGGGGGGGRCUACAAGUUCCCUCCGGAGGAAAAAUAGAAAGAAGACAAACGAGCAUAGGCACUAAGUUAAAGACAUGAUUGCAUCGGAAUCGUUUUUGUUUUUCAAAAACUGUGGAAAAUUAUUGACGAAAAGUGGAGUGAGAGACUCAAUAGAAAUCCCUCUCCUAG